GCCAAUCACAUGCGUCCUAACAAAUAUUUACCUUUGGAAACUUCCAUGUUGUUUCGUGUCAAAAAAGAAGUCGAAAACACAUAGACCUGAAAAUGUUUCUUUUGGACUGGCUAACUGGCGUCCUGAACUAUUUAGGGCUCUACAAAAAAUCGGGAAAGCUGGUGUUCCUGGGCUUGGAUAAUGCUGGAAAGACCACACUGCUUCACAUGCUGAAAGAUGACAGAAUGGCCCAGCAUGUCCCAACAUUGCAUCCAACCUCGGAAGAGUUGUCAAUGGGCGGGAUGAGAUUCACCACCUUUGACCUUGGUGGCCAUCAGCAGGCGAGAAGAGUUUGGAAAGAUUAUUUCCCAGCAGUGGAUGGUAUAGUAUUUCUCGUAGAUGUGAAUGACAGAGGGCGUUUUGGGGAAGCAAAGGCAGAGUUAGAUAGUUUGCUGACAGAUGAGCAGGUGGCCAACGCCCCUGUGCUAGUUCUGGGUAACAAGAUUGACAUCCCCGGUGCAGCCAGUGAAGACGAGAUCAGGGGUAUAUUCGGGCUCCAUGGACAGACAACUGGCAGAGGUACAGUGUCUAGAAAUGACCUUCCUGGUCGGCCAAUGGAACUGUUUAUGUGCAGUGUUUUAAAACGUCAGGGUUAUGGGGAGGGAUUUCGGUGGCUAGCACAAUACAUCAACUGAUUGACUGCCUGUAUAUUGUAUAGAAUUAAAUUUGAAAUUCUGACAUUAUGGAUAUAAUCAAUAUAAGCCGGGCGGAUUGAGUGUCACAACAGAACCAUCAACAUGUGGAUCACCUCGCCAUUGCGAUUAUUUCAUUAUUUCUAUGAUAUAUAUGUAUUUAACAUGUAUGUAUACCAAUUUUUCAUUAAAAAACAAAGAACCCUACAUCUUUCUUGCAUUCAAUUUUUGAAAUAAAGUGAAUUUUUUCUCAAUUUACUGGGUUAAGGGUUUUGGGUAUGGGUAUUUCACAUCUGAAUAAAGAAUAUAGUUGCAUUAUUUUGUUAUUACAUGAUAAAAUAAUUUCUGCACACAUUUAAAUUAAUCCACAUAGCGUUGAAUUGUUAAAGUUUCAUCAACUCGUUAUAUAAUGUAUGCACAUAGCAUCUUACAGGGCAAAACUUCACUGUCUGAAAUAAUUUUGUUUUAUGAAUGACAAAGAAAAUAGAUUCAAACUAUAAAUAAGACAUUUUAAUAAGUUAAUUAAAGCCAGUCAGUUUCAAGUUGGUAAGUUGAAGCCAUUUCUUAUUUCUAAGCAAAAGUAAAGAAAAUAUUUUGAAAUUAAUCUUUACCCUUGAAUAUUUUGUUAAAACCUGCACAAAAGGUAAAUAAUACAUUUUAAUAGGGAAUAAAACACUUAGUCUGCUGAAAUGUGCUGGGAAAAAAUUGUUCUGUCACAUGCAUUAUUAUGUUGACAUUAAAUAUCAUACACCAUAGUAUGACUUUAAAAGUGAUAUUGUACUAGAAGGCUUAUAUUUCCAUGUUCAUGUAUUUUUGUAUGAUAUGUUUGUUGUGACCUGCAUGUAUUUCGUCAGUGUGAAAGUACCUGCACCAUUUUUUUUUAGUUUGAAAUUAGUGAACAGUUUUGUAUAGCUUUUGUCAAAAGUAUAAUUCAGAAUCUGAUUUUCUUAACAUGGUAGGUUACAGUGAUCCUUAUUCAUUUCUGUCAAAACAUGAUAAUCACUACCUUAUAAUUACUACCUUAUAAUUCUGUUCAUUGGAGCAACACGAUAAAUGCCGUUUUAUGUUUAUUUGUGUUGCCUCUAUGAAAUCCUGAUAGAGUGUGUUCUUGUAAAAUCUUUCAUUAUGCAUCUUGUACAUAAGAUAUAUGAUAUUACUAUUGUAGAAAUUCUCUUGAAGCUUAGAUUUCAUACCUGUCCUUGUCGAAAAUGUCAAACAACUGAAUGUGUACAGUGCUGUUUUGAAGUAGCAAUUUCAGUGCUUUACAAUGUCCUGUUCAGUUCUACUCUUCUUGCUUUUUUUAUGAGUUUACAAUGGUAGAUUGUAUAAAAUGGUAUGAGAGCUUGAAAAGAUGAGCUUGUGAAUGUGUGUUUACCAUCAGAUUUUGAUGUCGAUACUAGUUAGACCUGGCUUUCAAUUCUGUUAAAUGUGUGUGUAAUACACCUGUAAGCGUUUUUUGCAUAUUGUAGAUAUCUGUCUGUAUGCUAGAAUCUUAUAAAUAUUUGUGUCAAGUCUUCUAUACUGUCGGAAUGAUGCAGACUAUAUAUUCCGUCAGAGUGAUUUAUUUUUAACUCUUGUGUGCACUUGCCCUUUUUGUAAAACUAUCUUCCACAUGGGUUGUUUACUUCAGACAGAUUUGCAAGAUUGUCUGUAUUGUGUUAAAAAUUCCCUGCAAAUUGUUUGUCUUAACUACUUUAAAACGUUUAAUACUUAGUACAUUGUUAUUUGUAUCAACUCUUGAUGAAAAAUGGAUUCUUUGUCUUUGUUAGCAAUAUUGUGAAAUUCUGUUUAUACUGAUUGGCUCUGCAUAUUCUUAAACUAUUAUUUAAUGUGAAUAAUGAUUUAAAAAACUGUAUUGACUAAUAAAUGUGAAUUUUU